AUGGCCGGAUCGGAGAGUGAACCAGCGAAUUCAUCCUCCGGUGAAGAAGAAGAAGUUUCGUCUGAAGGGUCGGAAUCAGAAUCGGAGCCCGACAAGACGUCAACACCUCCACCUUCUUCCAAGAAAACGCAACUCACCCACAAUUCAUCUUCUGACGAAUCGGGCUCAGAGUCUGAAUCCGACACCGAUAAGUCUUCUGAGAAGUCAACAAUACCCGACCCGAGUAUCAAACCCAUAGCCUCGAAGCCCAUGGAAGAUGACCAAUCGAAAAAACCCAGAUCCAAGAUUCCUACCACUCGCUAUUCACCACCUCCUCUUAAAUCAUCCACCGGAAAACGGCCUGCGGCGGAGGGUGAACCUCAGGAUUUGAAGAGGGUAAAGAAGAAGACGGUGGUCGCGGUGGCGGCACCGGAUGCGGGUAAUGGUGGUGAAAAGAAACAACUUUUUCAAAGACUCUGGAGUGAAGACAACGAAAUUGAGCUAAUCGAAGGUAUGAUCAAUUACGUUAAUGAAAAGGGUAAAGAUCCCGUUGCAGAUGUCAACGAUUUUCAUGACUUCGUGAAGAAAUCACUUCAUGUCGAUGUCAACAACAAACAAGUGAUUGCCAAAGUUAGAAGACUGAGGAAGAAGUACGAAAACAACGUAGCCAGAGCUGAGAACCAAAGUAAAAAAGUUCGAUCUUUUUCGAAUCCCCAUGAGAAGAAAAUGUAUGAAUUAUCAAAAAACUUAUGGGGUAAUGAUAGUAAUAAGAAUGUAGUCAUGAGUUCCACCAUCAAGAAAGUCAACGUGACACCCAAACCAAACAAGAAUCGUAAGAGUAAUGUGAAUGGAGGGGUUGAACCUGAACCUGAACCUGAGGUGACCCCUAAAGAGGUUGAACCGGAAGUGGUGCAGCCCCUGAGGUCGGACCAUGGUUCAAUGGGGUUCAUGUUUACAGAUGAGGCGAUUAUGAACAAGGGGUUAGAGUUGCUUUCAGCUCCUAAAAAGUUAGAAAUGGAAGAAAAAUGGAAGAAUCUUAAGGUUCAAGAACUUAAGCAUUUCUUGAAGAAGGUGGAGCUUUUGAAAGAGCAAGGGGAGAUCGUGUUGAAUGCUAUGGUGAAUUCUGGUGAUAAUUAA